AUGUCUGAAGAAGAAGUAAAAAGGUUGCUUAAAUUAGUGGAGGAAUCGUUUAAUGAAACUAUAACCGUCAAACUAGCAAAAAAAAAGAUAAGCGAACUUCCUGUUGAAGUUAUAAACUAUGCAAAUAAUUAUAAUGUUGAUAGAUUGUCAAUUGAAAGCAAUCAAUUGUCAAAACUUCCAAAUGAAAUGUCUAAUUUUACACAUUUAAGAUAUCUUAAUCUUUCUCAAAACCUUUUUAUGGAAUUUCCAGAAGCACUUUGUUUAAUGCCAAGUUUAAAAAUCUUGGAUAUUAGUAAAAAUAAAAUUCGUAAACUACCCCAAGAUUUUGGAAAAUUGAUGACAUUACAGUUGCUGAAAAUUUCAAAAAAUCAAAUAAAAAGAAUACCAAAAUAUUUUGCAGAUAUGAAAGAUUUGCAAUAUUUAAAAAUUGAUUACAAUCCAAUUAAAUUUCCACCAAAAGUUAUCCAUAUGAUGCCAAAAGGCGAAGAUAAAGAUUUAGAUGAAGGCAAAAAUAGCAGCAGUGAAGAAGAAGUGGAUUAUCAGUUUGAUUCACAAAAUAAUAGUGAUAAUAAACAAUUAAAAAAAGCAACGUCAGUUGAUAAUAUUAAUUACUUGUCAUCUAAUGUUAAUACAAGACAAAUAGUUGAUGGUGCUGGGUCAUCAUCAUCUUUAAAAACAAUCAAAGAGAAUGACCAAAUGGUGUCAAAACAAGAGAAAAAACGCCUUAAUCCAAAAUUAAGUUUGGAUUUACAACCUGUUCGUCGUAGUCGAAGUCACAGUAAUGAUUUUGAUGCAACAUUAACAAAUUUUAGAAAUACAUUUGUUAAACAUUCAAAAAGUGUAUCCACAGAUUCAAUAAAUUCAACACAGAAUCAAAGUAGUAUUAUUGAAGAAAAACAAAGUGAUUAUUAUUUCCAAAAACUUAGGACACUUCCUCCAUCAGACCAUCUUCAAAUGAGUGAUAUUUCACUGAGAGAAGCUAGCCGAAAUAUUUUAUAUGCAUUUUCACAAGUUCAUAAAGCAAUUUGUCAAUUUGCAAUUGUUACAGGAAAUGAAAAAAUAUUUAUGAAUGAUCUUAACAAAGCAACAACACUGAUUGGACAGUUAAGUACAGCAUUGGAAAAAUAUGAUAAUUUUGUAUUACAAGCACCACCUGGUGCAGAAUAUUGUAUCAAAUUGCUUAGUACAUGUCAAGAAAGUAUAGCUAGUUUUAAGACAUUAAUGGAACUUUUGAAUAAACGACUCAAAUCACUUACACAAUCUUCAGAUAAUAUGAGAUAUUCUCGUACACUUCUAUUGAUGCUUCAUGGAGCAGUUGCAGAUAUUAAAUUUGCAUGGGAAUUAAUAUUUCCACUAUUAAAUGUUCAUACACCUUAUACUGGAAUGUCUACUCCUUUUAGAUCAAAAUCCAUGUCACGAUCAAAUAGCAGUAAUCUUGCUAAUGUUGUACCACACUCAGCAGGUGCUGCUUCAUCAUAUUUUUUUGCUAUGCCAUCAUCACCUUACAAUAAUUUAAAUACACCUACAAGUGCAGGAUCACCAAAUAACUCGAAUACAGAAUUUUUAUUUUCAAUAGCUAUAUUUGAUCAACUUCUUUCAAAAGUAGAAUUUGCAAUUAAGGCUGUAGAAAAUGUUAUAAAAUGUUUGUCAGAUAAUGUAAAAGAUGUUUUAGAACCCACCAGCGAAGAUCAGGUGGAAUCCUCAUCAUCUAUCAAAGAUAAGAUGAAUGAAUUGAUAAAGGAUGCAAAUGAAGUUACCAUACACUUAAAAAAAUCUUUAUUAUCAGUAAAAUCAUCUACAACCAAUAAUAAAGAUGACCCAUCCAUACAACUUAAAAUUUAUGAUGAUACACUGGUUUUUCUUCAGGUAAAUAAUACUUUUUAUUUGUUUGCAGGAUCACCAAAUAACUCGAAUACAGAAUUUUUAUUUUCAAUAGCUAUAUUUGAUCAACUUCUUUCAAAAGUAGAAUUUGCAAUUAAGGCUGUAGAAAAUGUUAUAAAAUGUUUGUCAGAUAAUGUAAAAGAUGUUUUAGAACCCACCAGCGAAGAUCAGGUGGAAUCCUCAUCAUCUAUCAAAGAUAAGAUGAAUGAAUUGAUAAAGGAUGCAAAUGAAGUUACCAUACACUUAAAAAAAUCUUUAUUAUCAGUAAAAUCAUCUACAACCAAUAAUAAAGAUGACCCAUCCAUACAACUUAAAAUUUAUGAUGAUACACUGGUUUUUCUUCAGACAACAAUUAAAUUAUGUGAAUUCGCAAAGGAUGUUUCACACAAAUGGCAAUUGAGUAGCAAAGUUAAAGCAGGGCUAAGCCAUGUGAUGAAGUCUUAUACCGAAUUAACAGAUUUAUUAAAUAAAAGUCAAGUUAAUGCGGCAGUAGAUGAAUUGGAAAAACGAUUUAAACAAGGUAUAAACAAUAGACGGGGCGAUUUGAUCCAAACUAAAGUUCUUAGAUUUGGAAAAAAUGAAGAUUUUGAAAGGAAUGCAGAUUCAGAACUAAGAUCAAGAUUAAAGAAACUGGAAAAUGAAAUAUUGCAAAUUGAACAAAAAUUUAUUAAGUCAAUGAAUGAUGAUGUCUCGCAAUUGUCUUCUUUGCAAGCAAAAUCAAAUCGUUUGAAAGAUGAGAAAAAAUACAUUAGUGAUGAGUUGACAAAAUUGAUUGCUACAAACAGUAGAUCAGAAAAAUAUGAUAUAUAUAGAACUUGGACUAGCAAAGAAGAUUUGUAUGAUGCAGAUAUUGUAUGUGCUACAUUGGCUGGAAGUGGCCAUGAAAGACUUUUGAAUAUGGCCAAUGACUUUGAGACUGUGAUAAUUGAUGAAGCAGCACAAUCAAUUGAAUUAUCUAGUUUAAUUCCAUUAAAGUACAAUCCUAAAAGAUGCGUAAUAAUUGGAGAUCCUAAUCAAUUGCCUCCAACAGUUCUUUCUCAAAAAGCAACAGAAUUCUCAUAUGACCAAAGUCUCUUUCUUAGAUUUCAAAAGCUUGUGCCUGAAUGUAUACAUCUUUUAAAUACACAAUAUAGAAUGCAUCCUGGUAUAAGUAAAUUUCCUAGUGACUUGUUCUAUAAUUCUGAACUAAAAGACGCAGAUGGCUUAUCUGAAAAAAAAACACAGCCAUGGCAUGGAAACAAAUUUUUUGGCCCUUAUAGAUUUUUUGAUAUACAAGGCUCAAUGGGAUAUGAUAAAAGUUCAAUAUAUAAUAGAAAAGAAGCUCACAUUAUAUUACAAUUAUUUAAUAUGUUGGUCAAAGAAUAUCCAGGUGUUGAUUUUAAGGGAAAGGUAGGUAUUAUUUCUCCAUACAAACGACAAGUAUCUGAGCUCAAGAGACUUUUUAAAUCAAGACUUCCACAUGACUCAUAUUUAUCAAUAGAUUUUAAUACUGUUGAUGGUUUUCAAGGGAAAGAAAAGGAUAUUAUAAUGUUAUCAUGCGUUCGUGCUGGCGAUGCAAAAAGUAUAGGAUUUUUAAGAGACUUGAGAAGAAUGAAUGUUUCAUUAACACGAGCCAAAAGUUCAUUAUUUAUUGUUGGAGAUUCAAAAUCUUUAGAAACUAAUGAAAACUGGAACAAACUAGUUUUAGAUGCGAAGGAGAGAAAUUUAUUUACAAAUUGCUCAGAUAUCGAAUAUUGUAAUUUUUUUAAUUUAUUUGGUGGAGUUGGUGGUACUAAUGCAACAGAAACUACAAUGCAAGCAACAUCACCGUCGUCGACAACAAUACCAACUUUUUCUUCAUCAAAAAGAUUUUCAACAAGUUUCUCUUAUAAACAAUUUUAUCAAAAAAUUUUAAAAUCUAAAAUGGCAAGUACAGAUGACAAACAAUCAAAAAUACUUACCUAUGAAACAAUUAAUUCUCAUGUUAGGAAGGCAGAAUAUGCUGUUCGUGGAGAAUUAGCAAUUCGUGCUGAUAAUAUUAAACAAGAAUUAUCCGAAAAAUCCAAUAAAUAUGAUUUCAGUGAAAUUGUAAGCUGUAAUAUUGGUAAUCCACAACAACUUGAUCAAAAACCAAUCACAUUCUUCCGUCAGGUUAUUUCUUUGUUGGAAUACCCUGCUCUUUUAUUACCAGAAAAUUGGAAUAUAGCUAAGCAAUUGUAUCCUUCGGACGCAAUCGAACGAGCAAAAUUAUUAUCAAAACAUAUAAAAAGUGUAGGCGCCUACUCUCAUUCUCAAGGUGUAUUACACAUAAGACAAAAUGUCGCUAAAUUUAUAGAAGAGCGUGAUGGAUAUCCAACAGAUCCAAAUAACAUUUUCCUUACUCAAGGCGCAUCUAUAGCGAUUCAACAUGUACUUCAGCUUAUAAUAUCAAAUGAUAAUGUCGGUAUUAUGAUUCCUAUUCCUCAAUAUCCACUCUAUACUGCCACACUAUCAUUAUUUAAUGGUAAUCCAGUCCCUUACUAUUUGGAUGAAGAUAAUGGUUGGAAGUUAGACAUCAAAGAGUUAGAUGAAUCAUUUGUAGAAGCCAAGAAAAAAGGAUUAGAUGUUAGAGCACUUGUGAUAAUAAAUCCUGGCAAUCCAACGGGUCAAUGUCUUUCUGAGGAUAACAUUAAAGAAGUCAUCGAGUUUUGUCAUAGUAAAAGAGUAGUUAUUUUGGCUGAUGAAGUCUACCAGGCAAACAUCUAUCAACAUGCCGAAAGACCAUUCCGAUCUUUCAAAAAAGUUCUCAAAUCAAUGGGAAAAGAUUAUGAAAAUUUUGAAUUGUUUUCUUUCCACUCUAUCUCAAAAGGUGUGAUUGGUGAGUGUGGUAAACGUGGUGGAUAUUAUGAAUGUACUGGCAUCAAUAAAAAUGUGAUUGAUCAACUUUACAAGGUUGCUUCUAUUAGUCUUUGUCCGAAUGUUAGUGGUCAGAUUAUGGUGGAUUUGAUGGUUAAUCCCCCAAAGAUAGGUGAUGAAAGCUAUCCGACGUAUAAACAAGAAACAGAUGCUAUUUACGAAAGUUUGAAAAGGCGUAGUCAAAAAUUAUGUGAUUUGUUUAAUAAAUUAGAAGGUGUAACGUGUAAUAGUGCUCAGGGAUCGAUGUAUCUUUUCCCAAGAAUUAAACUUCCACCAAAAGCAAUAAAUAUGGCAAAAGAAUUGGGUAAACAACCUGAUGAACUUUAUUGUUUUGAGAUGCUUGAGGCAACAGGUGUCUGUGUAAUACCUGGCAAUGGUUUUAGACAAAAAAAGGACACUUGGCAUUUUCGUAGUACUUUUCUUCCAUCAGAAGAAUUGUUUGAUGGAUUUUGUAAAAAAAUAGAAGAAUUUCAUAAAUCAUUUCUUUUAAAAUAUAGUGGUGCUGAUUAA